GCUCCUGUUCCGCCGUUCGUGGCUCAAAUGCCAUAUGAUCUGUUUGUCGCAGAACCCUCUUUGAUGACCAGUCAAGACGACCAGCAACUUACCGAUCUUCUUGUACGGUAUCAUGACACGCUACUUCCGUCUCCAUCAGAUCUGCAAACCAUGACUCAUUUGGUCAAUCGAGUGGUAACAGUAAUCGAAAACCUAAUUGUUAAUCCCGCGGAAUUUACAGCCGGGCAAAUCGAAGAGGUUAAAUGUGUGGGUUCGUUUAAACUUGGUACCUGGCUUUCCAAACACAACACAGCCGACCUGGUGGUCGUUCUACGUACUUUACCCACUGCGGAGGCACUGAAAGGUCUGCAGAUCAUUUUAAAGAAACGUUUGGAUGCGGAUGCAAAAAGUCCAAAAGACCAAUGUGUUGUGAGCACUCACGCCUACGGGUUCUCUGUGUCCGCGGACGAAUUCAGUGUGCGCGCGUUCCUUACUACUAGCCCGAUUCAUUUGAAUAAGGCGGAUCCCACUGUACACGGUCAGUUUUUAUCCCGACAGGUGAACAAUGUACUGUCAAGUCUCGGAUGGCGUACAAUUAGCGCUGUGUUUUGCGAUAAGCCACACAAUCUGUUUGGUAAUUUUUCAAGUGUAGCCUUUUGUGUGGUCGAUAGUUCCGUGGUCACAGGGGCCUAG